AUGCUAUUAACCAUACAAGAAUUGGGCGUGUUCGAAGAUGGUCUUCCACUAUAUCGUCAAAUAAUAAUUAUAGUAACUAACCUGACGUCUAUGGUUGAGGUUACCAACCAUACAGGAAUUGGGAGCCAAAUAUUUGAUUUGAUGCCUAUGAACAUUAGGCCAAUCUAUUUUUCGUUGAUCAGAAAGGGAAUUUACAUUUCUCGUGGAAACGUUGACGAGAUCAACCGGCGAAAGAGUUCUGGGUUUUAUUUUGUGAGAGAGAAAUCCCAAUUUGACGAAGAGGAAGCUUUUGCUCCUCUUCAAAUCAUAUUCAUCGGAAUAAGAUCGCGCGUGGUGACGUUAGUAGGCCAAGUCAUCGAAAAAUCAGGCGCGAUGAGUGGCGGUGAUCAUAAAGUUUAA